AUGCAUUUGAUGUAUACCCUAGGCCCUGAUGGUAAACGUGCUUACACUUUGCAAAAAGUGACUGAAGAAGGUGAAAUCACCAAAUCUGCACAUCCUGCCAGAUUUUCACCAGAUGACAAGUACUCCAGACAAAGAGUUACCUUGAAGAGAAGAUAUGGAUUAUUGCCAGGACAACAACAACAGCAGCAGCAGUAA